CUGGAGAAUGCACCCAAAGGAGAUGAGAUCCACAGUAAUGCCAUUGCAAUAGACGAAGAGCUCUUCAAUGAUUCUGAUCUCGACGAGGAACUGGGCAAGCUUGCCGUUGAAGAAUGA